GUGACAUUUCCCAAACUAUUCAAAAUGGAGUCCGGAAUGCCAGAAUUUUUGUUUACAGUCUUAUUUCUUUGAAAUUGUUCCUAUAUACCCUAUAAAUCAUGUCAGAACAGGACAGUUCAAGUUCCUUAGAGGGUAUUAACAAUUUAAACCAGAUCCAUUCCCUUGUGCGCUUUGAAGAUUCAGACGAAAUCACAGAUUUUGACUCGGAUAUUUUUGAGACCGAACUCGAUUCUGGAUUAGAGAGAGAGUUAUCGGAGCCAGAAGCUUUAGCCUACCCUAACUUUGGCGACAAUGUCAAUUUGCAGGAUUAUGAAGAGACCAGUGAUUCCGAGGAUUCCCUCGACGAUGAUCAAGGAAAUAACAAUGGUGCAACGUCCACCAGUAGCAGCUCAGACAGUGAAUCUGAUGGGACCCAAAUAUGGGUUCCUUCGGUCAAUCAGAAAACUCCUACCUCCACUUUGAAGAAUUCUCCACAUAGCAUCAGUGCUGUUCAGUCACCCGUUAGCCCAGGGUCUGUGUCUCAGACAGUGUUCCUCCCCCCAGUACCACCCCAACCCUCAAGGCAUAGUAUCAUCAGCCAUAAUAGUACAACAGGGCGAUAUGAGACCGUUAUCGUGGAAGAUGAAAUGGAUUUGGUUCCAAAUGGUGAUUCGGGUACGUCAAGCAUUAGCAACAAUGAGAGUCCUGACAACAUAAGUGCCCUAGAGCAGCCUGUUAUCCAGUUCCCUCCCCCACCCCCUCAAGUGAAUGGUGGACACAGAGUACAGCAUCAUACUGACCCCCAUACACAGAGGGAACAGUUCAGCUCCAGUCUGUACAACAUCUUGAGUGGUCUCUAUGCUGUGUUUAUCAUUAUAAUUGGAGUUGUCUUACCUAUUGGGGAGAUAUUUGCUGAGAGAAUCACUGCAAACUACUUUGAGGGUUUCUACAUCUACUUAUAUGGACUGAGCAUCAUAUUCCUGAGUUACGUCUACAUAUACCUACUUCAGAAUAACACUUGGAAGAGGGGACGCAAGAAAAGUCACUGUGACUCUCUUCUUGGGAAACCAAAAUGGAAGAAGGUUGAGAUCGAUGAAGUCAGUAAAAACACUGGAAGUUUUUAUCUCAGACUUGGAGCAGUAGUGUUUGGUAUUGCCAGUAUGAUACACGAUGGCCUCUGGUUUGGACAGUUCUUUGAGCAUGGCUUCCAUUCUGAAUGUAAUGAACUGAUCCUUGGGAUACGUCCGAUUCUUCAUCUUGUAUUUACAUUCAUUCAGCUUUACUUUAUAUUCCUCAAUUCUAAGAUGUGUAUACACAGAUAUAAGCACUUGGCAAGGUUUGGCCUAAUGCACAUGAUCGCCACAAAUAUAUGUGUAUGGCUGAGAAAUGUUAUAAGGGAGACUGUGAGAGAUGUACAGAUAUACCAGAGGUCCAACAUAGCUGCUGUUGCCAUGACAAUAAACCAGACAGAGGCUAGUACAGUGACCUUUGAGAACAUAACAGAAUCGCAUCAACACACUGAGUGUGAUCAUCAUGAUAUAUUUGGAGAUGUUGUGGACAAGUCCUCUGCCUAUCUCUACCCUUGUACCAUAGUUUACAGUAUUAUAUGCGCAGGUAUCCUGUAUGUUAUCUGGCUAAACAUUGGCAAGACAAUAGCGACAUCUAGGGGUGUCCAAUCGGAACAGAUUGAACGAAAACUAGUGCUCCAUGUCGACUGUAAUGCCUCACAUCGUGGCCUCUUCUGCGGCAUCUUCAUCCUUCUUGCCACUGUCAUCACAAUCAUAACAUUUCUUAUCUUCAUUAACAAGGCUGAGUACAUCAACACUGCAGUUCUCAUGGUUCAUAUUAUUGAGAUUGUCAUCUAUAUGUUGACGUCUAUAGCUGUAUUUGCAGCAUGUAGUGCUAUGAGGCACUUGUAUUAUGACUACUAUAGGUAUAUAACCCUAGACGAGAUUCUAUUGCUGGUAUCGCAAACAGGGGUAUUCCUUGCAGCGAUUUUCAGUUUAUUAGCUGCCAUAUAUAGCUAUGAUACUAUAGGUGGUGUGUUGAUCUUGGCGACAUCAUGCCUUGUGUUGAUACAGAGUGCCGCACAGACAGUUCUUGUAUUGAGUGGAUUACGACGCUUCACAGGUAUCUCAGAUACAACACAAAGACCGGGGCGACAGUUUGUGACGUUUUUACUUGUUGCAAAUGUGGCGCUGUGUGGACUUUGUAUGAUGGAGACAGUGAGGAGUAGUGUUAAUCCUGUACAACAAGAGUUCUAUGGCUACUUGGUGUGGAGCAUUAUCCUUCAUGUAUCCAUACCUCUACAAAUCUUCUAUAGAUUCCAUUCUGCCGUAUGUCUUGCUAAUAUCUGGAAAAAUGCCUACAAACCAAAGCAACUUUAAAGGAGUAUUCAUUUUACAAUAAAUACAGUAUAAUGAAAACAUGUAUAAAUCUAAUAUAUGAAGCUUCAAAUUCAUUAAAAUUAACAUUUAAUAUCCCUCUGCCUCUAUACACCCCAGAUCUUUGUUUUUCUGUAUUUUAUGAUGUACAUGUUUUAUGCAAACAUAUACUGAGCCUAGUUCAAUUAUAACAUUACCUUUUUAAUUCAAUACUUUUAGAUCAAUACUGUUGUGCAGUACUUAUAGAACAAUACUAUUAGUGAAGGACUUUUAGAACAUUAUUUUUAUUACAGCACUUUCAGUGCAUUCUUUUGGAAUAGUUCUUUUGUUACAAUACAUUUAGUAUAGUACUUUAAAUAGUCUUGUUUGUACACA